AUGUCCGUCUUCAAGAAGCUCUUCCGAAAAAAAAACGUCCCAUUGUCAUGCACCAUUUCCCUCGAUGAUCCAUCCCACGUCCACACCUCAGCCUGUUUCCACGACAUCAAACCUCUUUCCGUCGUCGAGCUCUUUCAAUCCCAAGGCUGUCAGUCCUGUCCACCCACCAUCCCCAAAAUCCACGAAGUCACGAACGAUCCCAAUCUCAUCUUGCUCACUUACGACGUGACUUACUUCGAUAACCAAGGAUGGGUAGACACAUUUGCCAACAAGCAAUCCGAUAAUCGUCAACGAGCCUAUGUGAUGAAAUGGGGACGCAACAACCUUUUCACACCACAAGUCAUCGUCGAUGGGCUGGCGGAUGGAACAGGAGCCGGAAGUAACGAAGUCCAAGAAAUCAUCGACCAAGCACGUCAGCUGCGGGCUCAGAUGGACUGGCACAUUAGUCUCGACACCAAUGGUACAGAGCUGAGAAUCGACUCAGACAAGACAGAAAUUGAGAGUCAUGAUAUUCUGUUGGUGAAAUAUGAUCCACAACAACAAUUGAUCAAGGUGGGGAAGGGAACGAACAAGGGAAAGAAGCUGAAUCAUCGAAAUCUGGUCAAGGAUAUCACAAAGGUCGGCGAGUGGACCGGUGGCAAUCUUACGCUACCACUCCCGGAGCAGGAGCAUCAAGGGUUGGAUAUGGUGGCUUUGGUACAGGCUGGCCCUGGUGGACCGAUUGUGGCUUCUCAGAAGAUCUGAGUGGACUAGGA